AUGCGACUCCUGUUGGCCAUCUCGGCGUCUUUCAUGCCCAGUCACAUACACGACGUGAAACACGAGAUUCGUGACAGACAUGCGGCUUUUGGUGGCCAGCGGGUUUGGCACCACGUCACCAAUGUCGGCUCUGAGGCGGCCCUGGCACAGAACCGUCUCUAUCCCACCGCUUACCGCCUUCAGCCAAUCACAAUCCACCGUCUGGUUCCAGCUGUACGACCGCCACUCUUACAUGUUACCACGGCGCCGGUGCAACAGCUAUCUCAGCAGAAAAGCUCAAAAGUCACUACAACUUCACUAGCACGCCGCAUUUCCAGCCACAUAUACAACCGGAAUGUGGAUAAAGACAGACAAGUAUAUCAACAGCAGCAGUAUCAAGACCGCCAGAGUAAGCAAAGGUCCUGCGAGAACCUCGUUCUGAGCGAGGAACAGCCGAAAACAAUUAGAGCUUCGAAAUCGCUCAAUGCUCUGCAUGGACGAACGUUCGUGUCAAAAUUGACCUGCCAUUUGAUCCAGUCACUGCGUGCAGCUCCGCCGGAUUGGCUAACCCGCCUGCCUCGGUGUGAUUGGUCCGCGUGGCAAGAAGCAAACGACACACGCCAGGCUAUGCACAGUCUCGGUGUGAUUUCGCACAACUUUGGAAAGAAGAACGCUUUACCUAGAGAGGAGAUUUAUGAAUAUUCGUUGGCUGAAAGGCGUCUUCAUCACAUCCCCGCGGCCUCUGACCCUGCCGAGGUAUCCUCCGAACUUAUCGAUCGUUUUAUGGCACGGUGGGGCAAAUGCAGAAGCUUUAGGUGGUCAAGACUGAAUGAGACGGGCAGACUGUCACUGUGGGAUAGGAUAGCAGGGUUAAUUGGUCGACAGGGCACCCCUCUUCCUAGCAAUUCCUCUCAGCAGAAAAGUUCCUCAACAAGAAAGACUCGUGGAAGCACCGAUGGUUACGUGAAUCACGGCUUCUCCGACUCGCCCUCCAUCACCACCACUCAGAUAGGGCAAAUUGCCCCUCCGUUGGCUCAGAUAGCCAAGUUCAAAAUCGAUCUCGCCGGUGUCAAGUCGGAGCUCAUGCAACUGCAGAAAGUGCUAGCGACAAAUGCCACGGCUGAAGGUGGCCUCACCCAAACCGUCUCCGACUACAUGCUGUCGUCCGAUGAUUCAGCGGCUCGGUUCAUUGCCACUGAAUUGGCGCGAAUUGCUCUGAGUGAUAAAUUGAAGCGACCUAUUGACAAUGCCGAGCUUCGCCAUGCCGUGGGAGAGUUGACAACAUCGCUAAAACGCCUUAAGACGGAGAACGAAAACCUUCGACAGCGAGUAACCGGUAAUCCCACCACCAUCGUUCCCUCCAAUGGCCCUCACACGUGGAGUUUCAGCUCGGAGAGCAUCCCCAAUACGCCGUGCAGUCCAUUGGACACUGUUCAACAGACAAAUUUUAGACUGGACAAUGGUCAACCCUACUCCACGUUGUCAUCACAAAACGACGUCGAAUUAAAACACCUGUAA